AUGGUCAAUAAGAAAAAAACACGUUCAGGUGUUAAGUUUACCGGUAAGGAUCCCCUCAGUAUUUUUCUGAAACCUACAACGAGCUUCGCUGACUUCUUGAAUUCUAUAUUACAGAAACUUGUGCUGCAAGGUGUGAAACGGGUUGAGAAGUUAUUCUACCGCAUUUCAAUCUCAGUGCUACGCGAUGACGUGAAAUACGAUUCGUUUGUCAUAGGGAGUGACGAGAAUUUGGAGGUCCUGUUCCAUUGUCGUCGCCAGUUUCUCGAGGUCAAACACCUGAGCUGUACGGUAGCCUGUUCUAGUUCGAGACCUGUUGGUGCAUCUUCAUUCGUGCCUGUGGUUGCACCUCAGGACGAGUUUGUGGCCUCCUCGUCGUUCGCCGUUGAUCUCAACCGCAGUGGUGGGGGAGAAGUUGGUAUCAUUGAUAGGGCGCCGAUUUUAUUACAGUGUGGGGCAUCGGCUGGUAUGGAUGAUUCAUUGCCGGAUGAGGAUGACACUAAUGAUGUGGAGUCGGACAUCAUUGCUGAUGAUAGUGGUGAUGACAUAGCAGCGAGUAAUCCAGGUGGGGCUAGCGGUGGUUUCAGCUCAGGGAUUCAACAGUACCCCCUGCAUUUUUCAUCUUUGAACUUGGAUGCCAUGAGACAGGAAGGAAUUCCUAGGGAACCUUUUGGAUUUGGUGCCAGAGAUACGUAUCGUAUCAGAGGCCUAUCAGAGUUUCAGGUUAGUCAGCAAUUUCAGAAUAAAAAAGAGGCUGUGUUAAGCGUGGAGACGUAUAGCAUCCGACGGGGGUACAGUACAAAGUGGUGGAGUCCGAUUAUUGCAAGUACCUUGAAAAGUGUAUUGAAUUUGGCAACGGGUGCAAAUGGUUGA